AACUAUCAUGUCUUACUUACUUGAAGGAGUACUCAGCUCGCAGCAGACGGGUUUGUUCGAGCAUCGAGAAGAAGUCGGGCACCAUUGCACUCCUACAAGCUUCUUGGAGAGCGAAUUACUUUGCACAGCCUAAAAAAUAUUGAUUAUAUCCGCAAGCAAGGACCCCAGCACCAUCAUAAACGCGUCGCGCAAUUUGGGCGAAAGACAGAGUUAGUUGUGACCUGAGCGAUCAUGGAGAGAGCGGCGUCUGACGAAUCCAUUCAUCUCCUCCAUGCAGGCGAGGAGCAUAACUAUGCAAGGUGCGAGGCCAUGUCUGCUGCAGCUGCUUCAUCCAGCGGCAGCCCAAUCAGCGAAAUACUGAGCCUGGACGGUUGCAGUGACGCCGCGCCGAGACAGCCCAGCAGCGACAUUGGCGUGUACGUGCCCGACAACUGGAUGGAAACGCUGCUCGACAGCACCGUCAACUGGGACAACGUCGACCUGUCGCUGCAGGAACUGCAGCAGUUGCAGUCCGGAACGGCGGACACGCUCCCGACGCCGGAGACUGCCGGCCUGUUGAACGAUGAGCUUUUCGGCAGCGUUGGCGUCGGUGCUGACUUCGGUGGCAACCAUAGCGAUCUGCUUCCCGACGAUUACCAGGGACUCUUGCAGCUGUUCGCCCCUGCUCAAGACCCAUUGCCGAAACGCGGAGCUGCUAAUAGCGUGCUCACGGCGGAUGUGCUGAAUGGCUCUGUCCAGACAUCGACACCGGUGAGGACAAGUGGGACGUUAAACUCACCAAUCACGGGUACUGGCGCUCUUGCUAGAGUUCAACAGCAGGGACAGAAGCUGGAUGAAAGCGCACAAGACCAGCUGGAGAAGUUCCACCGCUGGUUGCAAAGCAUUCAGACUACGUCGCCAGUUCCGUCGUCUGAAUCACCGCCCAUGGCGGUACCGCAGAUGUCGCCCGGAGCUGUGAGCUCAGCGUCUUCCAGUACCGACGCCGGUUACGAUUCAGAUCUGCACCCGCAUACGCCGGAGCAGAACUUAAGCAGCGGCGUUGCCAGCCCACCGGAUACCGCUGCCAGUGGCGCGGACUUGAGCUCUACGCACUCGAUCACCGACAAUCUGCUGCGUGGCGGUCGUAGUGCGGCACUCGUCCUGGGAGAGUCCGUGCUGCAGCAGGCAUCGUCGUCGACGAUGACGGCGGCGUUGCCAACGACGACCGCGAACCGAACUGCAGCUCCUUCGUCAUCGUCGUCCGCUCAGGCCAUGGAUACGUCGACACACGGCAGCCGAGGUGGUGGUAGUGCGUCAGCGUCUGUAGGCAGUCCGUCGUCUGGUGACGACGACUGCUGCGACGGCGGCGAUGAAGACUUCUGCCUAGAGGAAAAGGAACAGGAGAAGAUGUCAGGGCCGACGGCGUUUAACUCGGAAGAGAAAAUGUUCUGGAAUCAUCAGCGACGCUUUCUCACGGACGAGGAGAGGGAAGUUCUCGAGGCGGAUGGCUACCCGGUGCCCAAACAGCUGCCGUUUAAUCCGAUGGAGGUGAAAGCACUAAAACAAGUUCGUCGCAAGAUCAAGAACAAACUGUCGGCGUCCGACUCCCGCCGCAAGAAGAAGCACUAUAUCACAGGCCUGGAAAAAAGGAUGAAGGCAUGUACGUCAGAUAAUGCCAGCCUGCAGAAGCGCAUUCAGCAACUGGAGAAACAGAAUAAGUCGUUGCUGGUGACAGUGGACACGCUACGCCAGCAGGUCAGUGGGACGGUGUCAGCAGCCGCUAAGUCAAUGUCUGGACGCUACGGCUUACUGCUGUUUGCGCUCUGCUUUGUCGUGAUGCUGCCGUCGAUGCCGUCCAGCACCCUGGUGCCGCUGUUCAGUGCCAAGACGGCGACGGCCGUGUCGCACAUGCCCACCACAUCGCCAGCCGCCACCGCCUUUGACUACCGUCUCAAAGAGUAUCGAUCAAGAACUCUCUUGGGCUUCUCACUGCCGACCGGUGCUCCUGAUUUGGCAGACGCUACGGCGGAGGUUACUGACGACUCGCCAAUGCACUAUAUCAGCGAGGCAGGUCGCCUGCGUAGGAACGGUACUGGCUUGAAAGCGGCAACGGGCGACGCCGUGCCUGGUUACGGCCUCGGUAGCGCCACGUUGAAUGUACAUGCCGGCCGCCUGCUCAUCCAGCGAGUUGGAAAAUAGUACCGGUGGCCUGUUUGUCUCUGUCUCAAACACACACACACACACACACACACACACACACACACACACACACUCUCUCUCUCUCUCUCCGUUACUUCGUUUGGUCUGCCUUUGUAUCACUUUUGUGAUCAUGGGUGCGGUUCACGUCUUUGAUGAUGCCUGACUUAUAGCUUGCCUGUUUCUGGACUCCUCGCCAGAUGGCACCUGUUUUCAGCUGGAGUUUUUCUCUGCUUUGAGCAGCUACAAUUGUAGGAAGUAGAAUGAUUCACUAUACACCCAUAGCCUAGCCUACUAUAAUUAUAUUUUGUCUUAUUACCUCACCCUCGCCGUUAGGCGCUGCAUCUGCCACCCUGGUAGCACAGGCAUGGUGGUGGCCUGGCACAUGCGAAACUUCCUAAGCUGGUUGUGUUUCUCAACGCAAUUGUAUAGCCGGUGGUAACGCGGACGUGCAAACUUUACUCUUUUUUUUUUAUUCCCAAGUUGAUUCCACGUUUUCCCCACCUGUUAUCAGCGGGGUAGCUAACCCUACUACUGUUACAGCUCCGCAUCCUGCCGCCGACUGACUUGACACUUGACCGACUCGCGACUGUCGUACGGCAGUGCAGCGAGCUCCAGCGGCAGGAGCAUCCGCUUUCUGUAGUUAUUUCCGCCGAAGCAGCAGCAGCAGCAUCCGUGAGUGCGUACUGUUUUUCCUUGGCUGACGUUUCCAGCUGCUUUUCCAACGUCCUUUCCUUGACAAACCUCGCAGUGCCUGUCUCGAAAUGGCUUAUAAUACGUUUUGUAGUGCUUUAUAUCUUGACUUCUCCACACUCGAAAUAUACAUGUAUACUUUUUUUGCUCAAUACAAAGCGGAAUUGCCGUUUGCUUGUGGGCUUAGUCGUCAUCAUUAAUUUUUGUUUUAUACGUUUUGUACAUUAUUGUACAAUUGUUUGUUUUCCUUGGUUUAAUAUUGCGUUGACCCUUGACGUUUGGUUCCGUGUGCUAGCUGUGCAGCACCAUGCAUAUCAAAACCGAUUAUAGUAGAAUGCUGUGGUGAGUGGGA